AUGAUUUACAUUUAUAAUACCUAUAAAAAGCCAUCCAUUUGUGAUAAUUUCCCUCACAUCCUAAGACAAAAAUAAGGGUUCCAUCUCUUAUACCACCUAUUAAACACAUACAUACUCUCCAAAAAAAAAUAUGAGCGGUAAUAUGCUUCUCAUCAUAGUUGUGGCCAUUGCAGCUAUAGCUUUAGAUGCUUCUCCAUUCACUCGUGCGUCAGAUCCCGACAAGUUGCAGGACUUUUGUGUGGCUGUCAAGGAUUCUGAGGCUAAGGUGUUUGUGAAUGGAAAGAUAUGCAAGAACAUAAAUGAAGUGAAUGCUGGUGAUUUCUACUUGCAAGCCCAGUUUAACAACCCACGAAACACAUCAAAUCGGUUAAGAUACAUGCCGUCUCCAAUCGGAGCGGAAAUCCUACCAGGGCUAAACACGCAGGGUGUUUCAAUAGGGCGUAUGGACUUUGGACCAUAUGGAAUGAGUCCACCCCACACCCAUAUUCCAGCCACCGAGGUUAUAACGGUGUUGGAGGGAACAAUAUAUGCUGGAUUCAUUGACUCUAGGAACAAGCUCUAUGCCAAGACGCUUCGUCCUGGAGACAUUUUUGUCUUCCCGAAAGGGCUAAUUCGUUUCCUAUACAACACUGGAGGAAGCAAUGCAGCUGUGUUUGCUGCUCUAGGGAGCCAAGAUCCAGGAGCCAUCCUUAUACCAUAUGCUCUUUUUGGUACUGAUCCUCCCAUUUUUGCUGAUGUUCUCAGUAAAGCAUUCCUCUUGGACAAGAAUGUGAUUAGUCAUCUCCAAUCCGAGUUUCGAUCAGAGUUAUCAAAAUGAGGCUCGACCGAAUCCAUAUAUAUAUAUAUAUAUACAUGCAACCCACUCAAUCCAAUAAAUAAUUCUACAUUGUCAUACAUCUAUAUGAUAAAAACUAGAAUUUAAUAUAAUCAUGCAUGCAACUAGCAUGUUUGUUCUUAAUACUCU